UCCCUGCUUGGGUGGAGCAGCAGAGUCCAGCAAGCGACACACUGCCUCCCUUGUGGGUGGGAGGCAGGAGCAGAGCACCAUGGGAUGUUGGAGGACCAUGCUGUAUCUGUUCUCAGAAGAGAACAUGUACAGAUAGGGUGGCCAUUGGUUCUGUUUCAUGCUGGAUCAUCCUGUUUUUAAACUCUUUGUCCCCUGUCCAUUUCUGAAUGAGGAACUGACAGCGAAAAGUCCUGUUUUUCUGUUCAUUGGUGGAAAUACAUGUCAGUCAUUUGCCCUCGUGAUUCUGUUGGCUGUGCCGGGAGGUAGGGCAGUGCACAGACAGGAGGAGAGUGGUUCUGAGCUAGGGAGGUGGUAGCCUUGCCCCUCACUGCUGAUUGGCCAAGGGGCCUGGUGGCCCCACCUCUUGCUGCUGAUUGGUUGAGGAAGCAUUGGCCCCACCCGUCACUGCUGAUUGACUGAGGGAGCUGCCCUUCACCAAGGGGCUGUUCUAUAUUCUGAAGAAUGCAUCAGUGGCCAUCCUGUGUAUAGACAUUUACUUCCCAGCAGAAACUCUCCCAGGAGUGAUUUACCUCUGGUGGUUCCCAGGUUUUUUCUCCUGCAGCAGUCAUUUUUGCUCUGGGAGAAAAUGCUGAAUAUUUGGACGCUCCUGGUUUCUACUGGGAGUGCAGCAACUCUCCCAGAAGAAACUGAAUGUCUGUAUGUGGCCAAAAUUUGCACACAAUCUAUAGGGAGAAGAACAGUGAGCAGGCUUGGCUCUAGCUGCUGUUACUUUGUUACUUGCAACAAAGAAAUAUCUUCUCUUUAUUUUGCCUUUCAAAAGCAAGGUGUAUGUGUUAUUUUGGGGUGUGUUGUGUGUGUGAGAGAAUACAGUGUAUCUAUUACUGAAUUUGUGUUUUGGAUUCCAUGGUUGAUUUGAUUGUUAAGAGCUGAAGAGACACUAGUAAAGGUUGGGUAUUGUUCAGAAUGGAAAUCAGUUGAAAGUAUUGGUUAAAGACUGAAGAAGGUCCAAAAAGUCUCCCCUCAAAAUGAAAUUGAAAAUCAUCUAUUUUUAACUACUGCAUUUAACAUUCAAAAUACUGAACUGAGGAAAAGUGAAACUGAGGACUUGGAAAAAUUGAGUUCAGGAAAUCAAAAGGGUUCCUAAUUUUGGCAGUCUAAAUAAAUGUAUUCUGUCAGUGGCUGGCACCCUAUGGUGCCACCCUGGGAUCUGGCCUGCAGUGGUCCUGCCUAACCUCAGGUAUGGGGAGAAUGAGGCAACAUGCAUGAAGCUGCCUGCUCCCUCUGGAGUAGUGGGGAGUGGGUAUAGAGGUUUGCAGCUUUGGACAACAAAAUGUUGCUGAUACCUGUAUUAGAUGCAUAAUUUCUGUAUCCUGCUUCCAAGCAGUGUGUUGGAGAUUAAUGGUGUAAUGUCAUGCAGUACAUUAUGGGAUGUAGGUCUCUUGGUUUGAAGAACACUGCCUUUAAAACUGGACUAUAUAUAGUCAGCUCUAUUCAAGACUUUUUUUCUUUUGGAUAAUCUAGGCAUUUUAUUGUUAAGACAAGACUGAGGAGCAUGGGAAUGGGUUAUAUUGUGUUGUCUCUAGAGACCGUGAUGAUUCUAUCUUGUGAGAGAAACUUGCCUUAAGAAACAAGCCGGUUUCAUCUCAUCCAGAGGCUUUUGUAUAUGUUAGAAGUAAAAUGAUCCAAUAGAAAUAUUUUCAGUGGACUCUGGCUUAUAAUAGAAUCCAGAUAUCUUCCUUGCUUAUCAGCUGUUCUGGAUGAUCUUUGAUGGACCAGGGUGCUAGUGAAUAUUACUCAAUAUGUACUCAUCAUAAAUGAAAAUUUAACUGUAAAGUAUGCCCUAAUUCCCAGCAGACUUCAAUUUAGAAUGAGGACUUUGGUACCUCUUUGACUGUGAUUUUGAUACUUGGAUUUUCUUAUAGAGCAAUACUAGAUCAGUUAUUUAUGAUUUUUUGUUCCAUUUUCUGUAGGUUCCAGUACCACACCUAUUUCCAUGGUAUCAGAAUGUCUUCCAGAGUUUUUACCAAAAAAAUUAGGAAAGGAGAUUAGCAUCUGUCAAAUGGGGCUCCCUCUUCAUUUCUCUCUACACAUCUUUCCUUUGGGGGGAGAAGAGGAGGAGAAUAGCAUGAGAAGUGCAAAAUGUUUCAAAUUCCUGUUCAAAAUCUUGAUAAUAUCAGGAAGGCUCGAAAAAAGGUGAAAGGCAUUCUUGUGGAUAUUGGGCUUGACAGCUGCAGGGAGUUACUACAGAAUCUUAAACAUUUUGAUCCAGGAGAGAAAUAUUUUUGCAACACUUCAUGGAGUGAUGUCUCUCCUUGGGAGUCUGUUGGCAAAAGGAAGAGGUACAGGACAAAGCCUUACUGCUGUAGCCUAUGCAAGUUUUCAUCAAAAUUGCUUACUUCAUUCAAGAAUCAUUUGCACCGUUACCAUGAUGAUGAAAUGGACCAAGAGUUGGUGGUUCCUUGCCCAAAAUGUGCAUUUGUUUCUGAUCACAAAGUAGUGGGAAAACACCUCAGAAUGUUCCAUUCUUCUUCUAAGAAAAUACAGAACUAUACAGUGAGCAUUUUAGGUGGCAUGAAACAAUUCAGGAGUGACAUUAUAAACUUUACAUGUCUAAAAUGUCACUUUACAGAUACAUUAUAUUACAAUAUGAAGAAACAUGUGUUAAUGAACCACUUUCAGAACUUAAUAAGCACCUAUUUUGGCCUGAAACCUGAUGAAGGUGAUGAGAAUUUUGUUGAGAAUUUUGUUGAAUACUACUGCAAAAAGUGCAAUGCCUCAGCAAACAGCCAAGAUUCUUUAAUGUAUCAUGUCUUGACAUCUGAAACACACAGAGAUCUGGAGAAUAAACUUCGAUCAGUGAUUUCGGAACAUAUUAAGAAGCCAGGUCUUGUGAAGCAAAUGCAUAUUGCUCCUAAGCCUCCCACAACUAUAUCUGCUCCAUCCUUAGUUCCCUCCACUGUACCAGCUGGCUCAGUUACUUCUCCAGCUUGUAUUCAGCUUGCAUUUCCACGGAAUAAUCAAAGCCAAGCUGUCAUACCAGCAAAAGCAGUUCCAAAUGCAGUCAGACCACUGCCUGUUUCAAGUGCCUCGGGUAGCAUUACACAUACCAUUUCUGCUCCAGGUGUUACUCCACCACAUGUUACGCUUGUAUCCAGUCCUCUUCCAGUAGGUCAGAAUAGUGUUAAUAUUCAACCUUCAGUUCCACAGCCUGUCUUUGUUUCCCAUAGGGUUCCCCUCAAUCAACCUGUCAGGCCAGGGGUUAUCCCCUUUAAUAAACCUGUUGGGACCGUAAAUAGACCUGUUGGUGCAGCAGUUCUUCCUCUCAAUGAACCCAUCAGGCCUGGGCUUUUUCCUGUUAAUCAGCCCAUUGCUACAAUAAAUAGUUCAGUUGUAUCUGGGGCACUUCCCAUAACUCAGCCCGUGGGUCCUAUAACCAGACCUGUUGUACCGGGGGUUCUCCCAGUAAAUAGACCUGUUGCACCAGGGGUUCUCCCAGUAAAUAGACCUGUUGCACCGGCGCUUCUUCCUAUGAAUCAGCCAGUUGGGAAUGUGAAUCGACCUGUAGGUCCUGGGGUUCUGCCGAUGACCCAGACUGUCACGCCAGGGGUUCUUCAACUUAAUCAGCCUGUUGCACCAGCUGUGGUUCCUGUUAGACAACCUGUCAGACCUGGAAUUCUCCAGCUUAAUCAGCCUUCAAACUCAGGGAUUCUCCCUGUAAAUCAACCAGUCCGGCCUAGCGUUUCUCAAAACACUGCUUUCCUGACUACUGGGCCUAUACUGAGACAAUUGAUUCCAACAGGCAAGCAGGUAAAUGGGAUCCCAACGUACACCCUUGCUCCGGUUUCAGUUACUUUGCCUGUUCCAGCUGGUGGUGGAGUAGCAACUGUUACACCUCCACAAAUGCCUAUUCAGUUAAUGCAGUCUGGGGCAGUAACCCAGCUCUCUCACUCUCCAGCCAGUGCACCUUCUCCUCCUGUAGUAGUGACUUCUUCCCAGAAUAUGUCUGUGCCGGCUUCUUCUCCUGGCCCUGAAAUGAGCCAAGCUGUUAAGCAGGCAAAGCAGUGGAAAACGUGCCCAGUUUGCAAUGAACUUUUCCCAUCAAACGUCUACCAGGUGCACAUGGAAGUGGCUCAUAAGCACAAGGUGGUAAAAACUGAGGAAACUGUUGAUCCAGAAAAACUUGCAGCAUGUGCACCCUUUCUCCGGUGGAUGAAAGAGAAGACUGUCCGCUGUUUUUCUUGUAAAUGUUUCCUGUGUGAAGAAGAGCUUUUGAAACAUCUACUCAUGCAUGGUUUAGCUUGCUUGUUUUGUACGUUUACUUUCCACAAUCUAAAAAGUCUUGUUGAACACAAUAGGUCCGUGCACAAUGGGAAAAAGAAAUUGCAUGCAGAUUACAGCAACAGAGGGUUCCAAAUAGAUAACGAUGCUGAGGGGGAGCUAAUAAUUCCACAUUUUGAUUUUAGUACAGUAUUGCCAAAAGAAGAACUUGGUGAAAAGGAAGUCCAUUUGGCAGUGCUUGUUGGAGUAAACUCGAGGACACUUGUACCUGUUUACAUCAAGGUGAAGCCUCAAACCACUGAAAUGAAUACUAGGGUCAGCAAAAAAGUAUUGACAUGCCCCUUUUGUUUCGGUACUUUCGUUGACAAAGAAGCCUAUGAACUGCAUUUGAAAGAGAGGCACCAUAUAAUGCCAACUGUGCACACAAUUUUAAAGUCACCUGCUUUCAAGUGUAUCCACUGCUGCGGGGUAUACACUGGAAACAUGACUCUGACAGCAAUUGCUGUGCAUUUGCUCCGCUGCAGAAGUGCUCCAAAAGAUAGCAACUCAGACAUGAAGAUGCAGCUCGAGCGUUCUGAAAAGAAAGACUUGAUGUUGGUCAAUGGUGAAAGGCAAGAUCCUGUGACCUUACCUGCUAAGAGAAAGCAAUCUGAUCUCUGCUCUGUUAUAGAGGACCAAAGGAACAAAGAACAGCAGCCACAGAUGUUAAAUGCCAUUACAGCUCUAGUUCCAGAAAAGGAAGGGAAUCAAGGGGGAGUGCCUUGCAAACGACAAAAAACUGAAAGCAGGGUAGAAAUAAAAGGGCCUCCUUCAAGUGAGGACCUCCAUAUUCUAGCAUUAGAUCCUAAACAGCAUGAACACAAGUCUCAUGAAGGUCAAAAGCAGUUUCUGAAAGAUUAUUUUCACAGGAGGCCCUACCCAUCUAAAAAGGAGCUGGAAUUACUGUCUUUGGAACUGGGUGCAUGGAAAGUUGAUGUUGCAUCCUUUUUUGGGAAAAGACGAUAUAUGUGCCUAAAGGCGAUAAAAAAUCGCAAACCAUCUGUGCUGCUAGGUUUCAGUAUGUCUGAACUUAAAAAUGUAAAGCACAGUUUGAGUUUAAAACCUGAAACAAAAGGUAUGUAAAAAGUGUUUUAAAACACCAGUAUAAAGCAAUCGGUAACUGCAUCCUUCUUAGUUCGGAAAUUUAUUGCAUUGGUUUAUUUCUUUUAACUUACAAACUGACCCAUUGAAGGGUUACAGUAGUACACAAAACCACACUCAAUUGUGACUGUUCUUGAACAAGGCAGCAAUGAUCUUGUAUCUGAAGAAGGUGCAUCCUUCAGAUUCAUUGUUCUGGAAACUUGUUUUAGCUGUUUACUUUCUUGUGGAGUAGUGUGUGGGGGGGUGUUUUGUUUUCUGUUUUCCUCCGUUUUUUGAUUUUUAUGCCGCCAUGUAAAAUGUCUCUUUUUGUUAAACUUCUCCCCUCCCUUCUUCCCCCCUUUCUCCCCAACAAUGUCAGCCUUUUUUCUAAAAAAAAAAAAAAAAAUAAAGUUCAUAAUGUUGGUUAAAAUAUCGAGAGACAGUAGAUAAAAAUUUUGCCAAUGGUGUUUGAUUUAAAUUUAUUUAAACUCAUUUUUCCUUUUGUCCACUAAAGAACAUGAUUGUGCCAUUAAUGCUUCUCCUGCCAAGAAAAAAACAGAUUCCCACAAUCCUAGAGACAUUGUUAAGACCACAUUGUAUGGCAGAUCUUUUCUUCUUUAUCCUCCUUAAAACAAAAGUACCUUUAUUAAUUACAGAUUCAGUAAUAUACAAUAUCUAACCAGCAGCAGUGUUUUUGGGGAAGGGAAGUAUUGACUUUUUAAUCUACUGGAAAUUGACUGAUUUAGGUUGUAAUUUCUCCUCCUGCCUCCUUCCAAAAUGCUAAACUCUAACUGGUAGGCAUUUUUACUGUUAGUUUUUGCUUAUGUUGGAAAAUCUCUAGUCAAAUUCUGUACAUGAAAUUUCAAAUCCUGUUGACCAGCAUCUGGCUGCUUUCUUAUGUCAAGAAGUGAAGGAGCUGUAGAGAAUACCUGUUGUAAAAAUAUAUUAAAAUAUCUUGGCACAGUGAGACAUUUUUAGGCUCACUUACAUAACUUCUUCCAUAGCCCAAUCUUGAGUCACUGUAGCCAAUGAAAACCUGCUGGCUUUUAACAGGUGAUGGAUAAUGUGGUGAGUGGACGUUGUCCCUUCUAAUUACAAAAGAGAAAAUGAGUUCAAAGAGCAGACUCCAUUUCUUUUUGGAAUUGAAGCUAAAACUAGCCAAAAGCUGGAUUGGAUGAAUCAGUGAUAUGGGGCCUUUCAGUCCCAUGUCGUUGAUGAAGUCUGUAGGUUCCUGUUGACUUCAGUGACUUAAAUUGGUCCUAUCGGGGACAAGAGUCACUGCAACUUACUACUAAAGAUAAUUCAGUGAUGUGAAACCAGUAGAUCUAGUGAUUUCUAGUGAAUGUGCAUCUCAUUGCAAAGACUACCUCAGUGAUUACCAGUCAAAGAACUAAGAGGGAUAUGGAAAAUGAAAUAUUCUUAAAAUAAAUUAGAUCCGUGAUCUGUAGUUCCUCAUUAUUGUUGCCCUACUGUACUUGCUCUUUGAAUAAAUUUAGUUUUGGUCAGGUCAAAAUGACAGAUUCCAAAAUCAGUAGGAUACCACUAAGCUGAACUGUUUACUAUGUUUCUUAAAUAAUUUCUGUUGUUGGUUUUGUGGCAUUCUAGUGAUUUUCUUUGGAAGGUGUCAUCCUGAUCUGGCCAAAACUAAUAUAUAAGAAUUAAGACUUCACCACUAACAAUUUUUGUGCAAUUGAUUUACAUGAUGAAAGUCAAUCUUUUCCUAGCCAACAGGUUUUCUUUUCAAGCCUAUUUCUUUAAUUGUGUUUUAAUUGUAACUUUGGCUAUUUUUAUGGAGUUAUCUAACAAGGCUUGAGGUUUUGAAACAAUCAAAGAAAAAGCAUGCUGGUUGCCCAUUUGAGUUUCCACUAACUAUUUAAAGCAUAUUUUGGAUACAAUCUUAAUAUUUUCUUACCUGAAAAUUUUUUUAAAUGCUCUCAUAGAUUUAGAAUUCCGGUAACUUUUUAUUCAUUUUAAAACACUAAUUUGGAAUCUACCAUCUGGCAAAACAAACGUUUUGUGCAAACAUUGAACUGAAAUUCUGCAUAACACCAUACUCAUUUGGGAUGACAGAGGGUGAAGAUAGAUAAAUAAGACAUUUUACUUUUUUUCUCAUUGGUAUGCUAAGAAUAAUGUCCCAAUAAGAGCCUCUAAAAACUAAUAUGAACUGUGAUUUGGCUAAGUUUAGUUUUUGAACCAAUUUAGUAGGGAGAUCUGGGAAGAGAGAAUCUGUUCCAUAAAAAUGUCAACUUGAAAAGUAAAGCCAAUAGGCAAAAGAUAUAUAUUAUGGGUCAGAUUCAUUUCUGUUGCAACUCUCUUAAAGUCAAUGGAGUUUUUUUAGGGAGGAAUUUAGUGGUACAAAUCUACAAAAAACAAAAAAA